CUUGCAGUGUGCCGAGAUUUUGCUGUCCUGGAGGACCAUACCCUCGCUCACAACUUGCAGGAACAAGAGAUUGAGCAUCAUUUGGCAUCAAACAUUCAGAGGAACCGUUUGGUCCAGCAUGAUCUCCAGGUGGCAAAACAACUCCAAGAAGAAGAUCUGAAAGCACAGGCUCAGCUCCAGAAGCGUUACAAAGACCUAGAACAACAGGAUUGUGAAAUUGCUCAAGAAAUUCAAGAGAAGCUGGCUAUUGAGGCCGAGAGACGGCGCAUUCAGGAGAAGAAAGAUGAGGACAUAGCUCGCCUUUUACAAGAAAAGGAGUUGCAAGAAGAAAAAAAGCGAAAGAAACACAACCUAGAAUUCUCUGGAGCCAAUGUUUAUGGAGACAGUUACUAUUAUGAAGAUGGAGACCAGCCAAGGUCAAGGAGGGCCAGGGAACGGGGUUCUGGAUAUUCAAGGUCUUGUAGCCUCCAAAGCGAUGGAAAGGCUGUGAAGCAAAGGAAGGAGAAACCAAGACGUGCACUGGAGAAUGUGGAAGAGCGGGAAGAACUUUGUGCAUCAAAGAGGUCCUUGUCGUCCUGUAGCCGGGACCCAGUGAGGGAAGCUCCACAUGUCACCAGUGAGCAUGAUGAAAGGACACGUUCUUGUCAGGAGAGGAUUCGAAGACCACCACUUCCCAAGAUCAGUGGAGAUGUGUUUCUGAGUACUGAAUCUGGUGACUGGGAGGCUAAAAGUAGCCACCGAACUCGGAAUUGGGAAAAACGUUCCCAGCAUCAAGACCAGCUUUCACCCAAAUCCUCACAGAGAGCAGGGCUUCAUUGCAAGGAAGCCAUGUAUGGGAGGGACCCUGGGCAAGGUGAGCACAGAGAAAGGAGACAGAAACCCAAGACCCCUCCCUUCUCAGAGAGUGAGGAGCGGCACCACCUCCACAACACAGGAGUGAAACCAAGGGCGACAAAAGAAGCUGUGUGCGCUCCAUCACGAGGGACCCACAGAGAUCAGGAAUGGUAUGAUGCUGAAAUUGCCAGAAAACUGCAAGAAGAAGAAAUUUUGGCUACCCAGGAGGACAUGAGAGCGGCUCAGGUAGCCCAGGAUGAGGAAAUAGCUAGACUUCUAAUGGCUGAAGAAAAGAAAGCUUACAAGAAAGCCAAAGAACGGGAGAAGACAUGCUCAGACAAAAAGCAUGACGUCGAGUGGAAGUCAAAAACUAAGGCAACAUACUCUAAAUCAAAAGAAAGCAGCGAGGCUCACCGUUGGAAGACCGACAGGCCAGCGCGGCCGCCACCGACUGCCAUGACAGAAACGGAGGACCUAGAUGGCACUCACUGUACAAACCAGCACAGUUCCACACGUCCUUACUCAAAGUCAGACUCCUCUCAUAAAGGUUUCCAUUACAAGCAGUAAAAUCUUGGGAAUCUGCCUUGAAAUGGACUCAUUGUAGCAAAUAUUACUGGAUGAAUCAGAAUGCAGUCCAUAAUUUUUCCUCCAGUUUUUUAUUCCUGGGAUUUAUUUUCCAGUGUUUUUCUCAUAAAUAAUUUCAAUUCAUUUCAGUAUUUUCACUAUUUUGAUCACUUGGGCAGUAUAAGAAAAUAUAGCUUCUGAAUAUUGACCACCUCUACAUUGCGUAUACUCAUUGGGAUAUAGUAUUGAAAAGCUCUAUAAAAUACCAUUUUAUUAGCUAUACAGUAUGAGUAUCUAGGGACUAGGUUGAUUCAGCAGUAAAAUUCUGUGAAGAUUAGUAAUCAAAAUAAAAUAAGACAUUAGGAUGCAACAGAAAAUGAAUACAAGAAAUAGCUCUUUGAUUGUACUGGUUUGUGUUAUUUUGAAAGCCCCAAGCUUUGUUUUUUACUGUUUUCAGGCAAAGAAAAAAGUCAAAGCCAAUAUGUGUUUUUUUCUGAAAAGAGACAUCUGGAGUAGUUGAAAUAUGUUAGUUGGAGUACAUGGCCUGCAGUGGUUGCAUAUCCUUGUAACUUCGGAAAACUAGGCCUAGAUGCCAUUCUGACAUGCUAUGCGAUUGCUUUGUCGGUAGCCAGGCCUGUGGAAAACCCUGGCUAUGAAUCAGCAGCCAUUGGAAAAGCUUACUUCCUUGAAAUUGUAACUCAGGUUAUGCACAAUCAACUAAAAAUGAAAGUUUUUAUGUUGAUUUGUAGUUGUAUGUAGUGCCAAGUGAAUAUGAUUAUGUAAGUGAAGAUACCAUCUAUUUCUCUGGCCAUAGCUAAAAGUUUCUCUCUUCCUUAUAGGGCGUAGUAACAUUUGUUGUUUGUUGGCAACCUUUUUGAAUUAGGCCAAGUGGUUCUUUAUCCUGAAUACGUGAUUCUACACAUUUGUUGAUAGGCAUUGUAUUCCCUUAAUCCAGCAUUUUAACUGCUGUGGGCCAUGCUACUGCCCUAUGUUGUAUUUCCUUGUACUGGAAGUCCUAUUUACAAAAUUCAGAAUCAUAUUUAGCUGCUAACUCAUAAAAUUAUUUGCCCAUGCUGUUUAAUUAACAUAAAUGGCAACCAGCAAUCAAGAUACAUAUAUGUGUGUAAACUAUAUUCUUUUGUUACUCUUUUUCCAUGUACAAAUCUAUUAUUUUGGGCAUUCCAGCAUGGCUUUUAGGAAAGAAAUAUACUGAUGACUGGAGAAAAGGAUGUUAGUUUCACCCCCCUACUCGAGCUGCCUUCCUUUUGCCUUAAUGUCCAGGCUCUCUUUAAAAUUGGGUGAUGUUUAGGAAGCUGUCAGAAUAGAGGUGAACAAUGCACUUGAGUCUCAUUUUCAGGAUUCCUUAAGUUUUGUAUUGUAGGACCUUGAGUAAAAGACGCUAGAGAGUUAAAUUCUGGGCAAGAGAUAAGACCUUAAGGGAUGCUGUCAUUUGGGGAAAAUGGAGGAAAGGGAGAAUAGCAGCAUCUGCAAGCAUUAUGAAAGGAAUGUGGGACAAUCUCCAUUAAAGCAAGAGGAGACAAAUGAAAUACCAUUAUGCCAAAUUAGAGGUUGUGAUUUUAAUAUGUAUAAGCCUGUUGACCUAGAGUACUGCUAUGUUUUUCUUUAUCUGCCCUGUGAUUAUCCUCAUUAUUUAAGUUUUUUGUAACAGUAACUUCAAAGAAAAAAUACAGUUGUCAUUUUAUUUGAUACAACUUGGGCAAAUAGGCAAUAUCAUGCCAUAUUUUUAUUUUAUAAAUGUUUAUUUUUCUAUAUCACACAGUGACCAGUUUUACUUUUAAAAUUCUGAACUUCUUCAUGUACUUCAUUCAAUCAUAUUUAUUGUUGUAAAAUGUUAACUUGACAAACUUCAGUCAAAAACUGUCAACCACUUACCGCUUAACUAGAGCACCUGCACUCAGCCGUCUUCGUGAGUGACCAAAGGUAGCAUUGCCCUGUGGUAGCCAACUCAACAUCAGUAUUGAGAAUUUGUUACUUUUUUAGGUUUUUAAAAGAUAACAAUUUUAAAAUAUUUUGUCUUUAUUUUAUUUUUUUUGAAAAGCACACAUUUUUUAAGAGUAUCAAUAAUUAUUUACAUGUGAACAAGGAGAUAGAGAUAUAUCCUCCAUUUUCAUUCAAAUAAUGUAAAUAUCUUUGAGAUCAUAGGAAUAAUAACAACUGUAUUUUAAUGGACUGCCAGACACUGUUCACUGUGUUCUCUGCUUUUUACUUUUGUCAUUUUUAUAUAAAUGUAGAGACAUUUA